GUCGCGAGGGCUUUUGUGUGUCGGCGUCGUGCCCGCGCAUGCACCGUGGGGGUGACUUUGAGGGCGGCGCGAUGCUGAGCGGGCUGUUGGGGCCGCGCUAUGUCCAGCUCCUGCAGAACUGGACUCCCACCCUCGUUACGUGGGGUGGUGUAGCUGGUACUGGUUUAAUAUGGUUCACAGACUGGAAGCUUGUCCUUCAGUAUGUUCCCUACAUCAGUGGCAAGUUUAAAACUGAAGACUAAGCUUCCCUCUAAUGGUAAGUUUUUUUGUUUUGGAGCCAUCUGUCCUCUGAGACCCUGCUUUGAGGUGAACUUGAAAUGCCCAAUACAUUGCAACAGGUCGUGGUGUCCCUUUCUCCUGUGAACAGUUGUGACCGCUUGGUUGGGAACAAAUUUAACUUCACCGACCAGCCUGCUUAGUACUCUUCCUCUGAUCACUUUCACAGCAGGUCUUAUCCUAAUGGCAGUAAAUUAUAAACCUGAUGUACAAAAUAAACCAGGUGAAUGGUA